GCUGCUUUGCAAAUAUCAAACUUUUGUUGUAUAGCGAAUUUCUUUUGUAAAAUCUAAAUAAAUGAUAAAAUAACCCCAGCCAAUAAUGGAACCAGCUGAGGCCAAACAGCCGGCUGAGGUGGAGAGUCCGGCCAGCAUGGAAAAUGGAGAUUCAGGCGGGGAUUCGAACCAUUUCGUGGAGAAAACAAGUGUAGACGUGGAACCGAAAGCGGAUUUUAUUGAACAGCAGCUGGAAGAAAGCGAUGAGAAAAGUGAGACUCCUGGAGGCCAAUCAGCAGGCCAGGAUGAGGCGAAGCUAGAGCAGGAUCUCAGGACAGCCGUGCUCGAGCAGGUGCCAAUUGAGGAGGAAGGACUGAGCCUGCGGUUCAAGGAUCUGCAGGCCCAGGAAAAGGAGGAGGAGGAGAAACCCCCGCAAAAUGACAUCCUGUCCCAUGUCCAUUGCCUGGCCCAAUUGGAGGAGCAGCGGCGUAACUACGAACAGCAGUUGGAGCAACUACGCACAGCCAACAACCAAAAGGACAACAUGAUCACUCUCAUCCAGCGCGAGAACGCCAUCCUGGGCAAGGAGAAGCAGGCUUGUCGCAAGGAAAUGGACACCGCCAACAGGGAGAAGGAGGCCACCGUCAUUAAGUUUGCCAUGAAGGAGAAGCUGCUCAUCGACGCCAAGAAGGAGAAGGAGGCGGUGGAGAAGCAACUGGCCGAGGCCAAGAAGGAGGUCAAGAAUGUGUCCACCCGAUUCCUGGCUGUCAGCGAGGAGAAGUCACGCAUGACAUACAUCAUCGAUGAGAAGUGCAACGAAGUCAGAAAGUAUCAGCGGGAGUGCGAAAAGUACAAAACAGAAAUGGGUCAUUUGGAGUCCAGGCUCAAGUAUCACAUAAACAAACUCAACAUCGAAACGGAGGCCAAGGCGGUUGUAGAACGUAAAUUGGAAGAGGAAAAGAAUGCGCCCAAUAAGCUGGAAGAAAAAGCCAAUGAAAAGCUUAAAGUGGAAUUCGAAGCCAACACAAUACUCUUGAAACACGAGAUUACCAGCAAGACUGAGGCUCUGGAUAAAGUCACCAAAGAGCAGCUGAAACUAAGCGAAGCGAACAAAGAACUGCAGCAUCAACUGCAGGAGAUUACUAUAGAACACAACCAGCUUACAGAGGAAUUUAAUCGCCUAAGAGAGCUGCACAAUUCCGUAGAAGCUUCCUACAGCGAUGAGCUUCUUAACUCGGCGAAAUUAAGGGGACAACUAGAAGAACUCCAGCUCCUACGAACUCAAAACACCAUCAAUGAAGAAAAGCUUCUGGAGGAACAAAAGCGAAUCCAGCAACUGGAGGCUUUGGCCCAAGACAACGAAUUGGACCUGGAGCAACUGAAAGUCAAGAAACAAGAGUUGCUUACCAUUAACAAAGAGAUGAGUGAGCUAAUUGUGCGACUGCAGAAUGACAUUUGUUUAGCGGAGGCCAAGGCUCAAGGACUCGAUGCGGAGAACAAGUUACUGAAGCAGGAGAAGCUCACCUACGACUCCAAGUUCAAUCAACUGGAGCAGCAGCUCAGUUCGGAGGCGUCGGAAAAGAGCGAGGAGCGACUGCUGUUGGCCAAGCAUCUUUCCGAAAAGACCAAGCUGUACGAGCUGACCAAGCAGAAGCUGGAGGAUGUCCAAGGCGAUUUCGAAGCCAACCAGAACAAGCAUGCCACUGUGUUGAAGGAGCUUCACCGGGAGCUGAACAAGUACAAGCGGGGAAUUGCGGAAUCCAAGACGACCAUUAGCUACUGCAGCAAUUGCCAGCAGGCAAUCAAUGGUUAUCCAACGGAGAAUCCCGCGCAGCGCACUCACAGUCGCUCCAGCAGCCACGGCAGCCUGCACAGCGGCAGUCGGCGGGCCAGCGAGUCCUCCGAAUCGGAAACGGUGGCCAGUAGUGCAACCACAGUGCAGCAGGCGCCACCGCAGCCGGAACUCCAAGCGGUACCGUCCAAGAAAGUGCUCGUGGAGCGGAUAUUGCGACUUCAGCAGGCCACUGCCCGGCAAACGGAACGCAUAGAGUUCCUGGAAAACCACACAGCGGCUCUUGUGGCCGAAGUGCAGAAGAAAUCCAAGGUGGUGCAGCAUUACAUGCUCAGGGAUCAGACCGCCGGCGCAUUAACAACCUCCCGCAGCGAUCAGAACAAGAGCGAGCUGGUGAAGUACGGCAAUGGGAUUAUGGCGGCCAUCUACGGAGGAUCCUCGAAGGCGGGCGGCGAGAACAAGGCCAUGUCCUUGGAACUCUCGCUGGAGAUUAACAAGAAGUUGCAAACAGUUCUCGAGGAUACGCUGCUGAAGAAUAUCACGCUGAAGGAGAAUCUCGAUGUGCUUGGCAUCGAGGUGGACAAUCUCACGCGGAAACUGCGCUCCCUGGAGGUGAACAGCAAGUAAAAGCUCCAUUGUAUUCCAUUCCAGAGUCUAACCUUUGUAUAGAUAGUGUACAAAAAUCGUAUGUUCUUAUGUUUAAGUGUAUAAUAGAUGUAUUUAAUAUUUU